AAUCCAGAGAAAGGACAGUAUUUUGUUGAACUAAAAUAAUACAAAGCUUUAGAUGUCGUCUAUACAUAUAAGAACUUUUUAAAAGUCUAAUAAGUUUUAAAAAGUAUAGCGUCAAGCGUCAUGUUUGAGAGGUCCCAUACUGUCAAUUCUACCAACCAAUACAGUGCCCAAGAAAAUAAUAUAAAACAGAAUCACAAAAACUUAUUUAUUAGUUUCUCUAAGACAAAAUGGCCAGAAAUAGCAAUUUAUACGAUUCGUGCAAACACAUAAAAAGGGAACCCAUGUCGCAUGUUGCUGAUGAGAACAUAGCCCGCGAGAUCGGCAACAACUACCGCACCAUUCCCACGUUCGAGAAGGGCCUGUUCGAGCACCAGUUCAUCCGCCACUACUCGCUGCAGAGGAACCAGCAGCUCAAGUGCCGCUGGUCGGUGUACAAGCAGAAUAUUGAGGGGAGGGUCUUCGCGCCCUUUCAGUUCCCUAACCACAGGGAUCUGCACUUCUACCAAAGCGCUAUUCGAUUCGCACCGUCCGAGUCGAUAUAUCGAUACCCCGAGCAUCGAAUGAAGUUGAAGCCCGGCCCCGGAGUCGAUUUCCGGGGACAGAUGCCCAUCCCUCAGGAAAUGCACAUGAAGCGCGGGAAAAUCGAAAAAAGUGACAGCCACAGACAAAAAAUUAAAUCUGCGAAGAAAAAAGUUACCGGAGCAAAGAAAUAAGUCCUAUACUGUUUGCUAAUAGAUUUAUUUAGGAUAUUUUGUAUGUUAAUGUACUUAUUUACUUUGUAUGCAAUGUUAAUUUUGUAAUAGUUUAAUUUUCUAUGUUCAACUCAUUUUGUAAGUUUGUUUUGUUAAGAGCUUUGUUAGUUAUAAUUUUAAUAAAGUUAUUUUAUUUACGAAAAAUCCUUUCAUUUACAUUUUGAAUAUAUGAGAAAGUUACAGUUAAAUACUGGAAUCACGGAGAUAAAGUUUUCUAAAUAAAACACCCACAGACAUACUUAAUGAAUGUCAUAAUUUAUUGACACCCGUGUUCACAUUUCAGAAACAUUAAACAGUUCGCGUGGUCGCGCCGGCACUAUGCACGCGUCCCGUCCGAAACGCACAUCUAAAGUCCGGUAGCCGAGCAGAUAGAAUUUCGUCCAAUGACCCCAAGCUACCCAUCCUUAUCGCUCGCGCGAAAUUAUAUUGCUGUCGCGACUGUGCGACAGGCUGCCACGGUGAGUGUGCGAGCGCAACAGC